UUUCCACAUCAAAAACCAUAUUCCUCACGCCUCUAUUCUUUCUCUCUCACUGCCCCCACACAUACUUUUCUCACGUUCACAAACACACACAUGUCCUUAACUCACUUCCCUUUUAACCUACCAGAGACACUCUGGUGGACACAGCAACAACACCCAUACCCUAUUAUGGACUCCUCCCCCAAACCCCCCGUCUCUUCCACCGACCACCACCAUCAACCACCCACCUCCACCUUCAAUUUCGACAUUAACAACCAAUACUACCACCAACAAGAAUCCGACGAACAAGAUUCCACCGACCACCUUUCUAAAGAACCCAUGUUCGAGAAGCCAUUAACUCCCAGCGACGUCGGAAAACUCAACCGCCUCGUCAUUCCCAAACAAUACGCCGAGAAAUACUUCCCACUCGGCGGCACUGACUCUACCUCCGCCGCCGCCGUAGACCAGCAGAAAGGCUUGUUGCUGAGUUUCGAGGAUGAGACCGGAAAGCCGUGGCGUUUCCGCUACUCCUAUUGGAACAGUAGUCAAAGCUACGUGUUGACAAAAGGGUGGAGUCGUUUCGUGAAAGAAAAACGUUUGGAUGCGGGUGAUGUUGUUUUAUUUGAGCGCCAUAGAUUCGACUGCGACAGGCUGUUUAUCGGGUGGAGAAGAAGGCCGGUGCAAGAUAGUAUAGCGGUGGCUCCGCCUGCAGCCGGCGGCGGUGGUCCUCAGAUUAAUGGGUGGACCACCGGAGUUGUCUAUGAUGCGCAGUAUAAUUAUCCUUCCCACCACCUAACUCCAUCUCUUCCUCAUCCAUACCAACCUGACUGUCUUCAUGCAGGAGGUAUAAAUUAUAAUGUAGAAAAUAACCAAAGAGAUAUGGUGAGUAGUGGGAACCCAAGGAGGGUAAGACUGUUUGGUGUGAACCUUGAAUGCCCAGAUGAAUCUGAGCCAUCCACUCCAGAUGGAUCGAGCCAUGGUGGUCAACCCCACUACCAAUAUUACGCCAAUUCCAACGAUCUCAAUCACAAUAUGAACAUCAAUUUCAGCCAGAUGAGGUACCACCAACACCAAGGAUAAGAUCUGAGGAAUGUGACAUGUAUUGGAUUUCUCAAUUUUGUCAACAAACACCAAUUAUUUUCCAUUGGAUUCUGCCCAACUAUUUGGAAGACCAAAUCCCAUGUUUUCAUAUAAUCCUAACACUAAAAUCCCCUCAAAAAAUAUUUAGUACAUAAAACUCCCAGAAAAAAAAUAUUAUAUAGACGAAUUUCACAACCCCACAAGAUAGCCAUGAAUCGAAAUAUCUAUUGAAAAAUUGCAAAAGAAGAAAAAAAAAAAAAAAAAGGAAAAAGGCGAUGAUUAUUAGGGGUAGAAAGGGAAAUAGAGGGGACCCAUUUAGGUAAUUGGGCAACUGUUGUGAUUCGGUAUGAUAGAUUUUUGCUGUGUAGUAUAGUAGUAGUACUUGGUGAUAGUACUAAUCUGCCCUCUGAUGCUGCUUCUGUUCCAACAGUAUGAAUGAAACCAAUGCUACUAACUUCCAUUUGCUUUUUAAUUUCUUAAUGUAAUUUGUGUACCAUUUCUAAUUUUUA